CGUUUUGACUGUGUUUUGUCAGUUAAAGCGUUGUUGUUGUUGAAGCUUGUCAAGAGCUGCAGCUGAAAUGGAUAAUCUCCGCCUGGGCAUAUGGUUGUGUCUGGGCCUGCUGGUUAUAGUAAGCCCGAUCCGUUUGGAUCGUUGCGAGCUGGCUGGUCAGCUGUAUAUCUUGGAUGUGCCCAAAGCGGAACUCGGACAUUGGUUGUGCAUCGCGGACUUUGAGAGUCGGUUCAAUACCCAUGUCAUUGGCAAUGGCAAUGUGGAUGGCUCUCGGGAUUAUGGCAUCUUUCAGAUCAGUGAUCGGUUUUGGUGCGACCCACCCGAGGAGACGCCUUAUUAUGCCUUCAACGGUUGCAAUGUCAAUUGUUCCGCUUUACUAACUAAUGAUAUUACGAGUGCUGUGCUCUGUGCUCGUCUUAUCAGAAAACAACAGGGUUGGGGUGCUUGGUCUGUCUACGAGGAGUUCUGCAAUGGAACAAAACUUGACAAUGCCGAGGAGUGCUUUGGAUUUAAUUCUCUAGAGGCGGAGGCAGAGGCGGAGGAGACCACAAUUGGCCCCAAUUUUGAGUUGGAGGCGACGACUAUCGUAACGGAAAUGAACUGAACUUUAUUAUAAUAAUAAUGUCUAACAUCACUGCCCCAAGCAUAAACAUUGAUUGUAUUUUACAGUUCAACAAAGAUAUUAAAUCACCUAAUAAUAAUUACUAUUUCUGUGUGUU